GCUCCGGUCGGAAAACAAUGGGAGCCACGUUCGCUUGCGUGCGAAUAAGUCCACCUCUCCCAAACGGGCUUCUUCGAGGAUUGCUUCAAAGGUGAGACUCGAAAACUUUGCCAUGCGUCAGGAAUCGGUUGGUAGUUCGCUCGCCCCUUUUCCUUGCUGAUCUUCCGACAUUGAUGGGCAGCAGCUAUUUCGCUUGGAUGGGACAUGCCGGCGGCGCUGACAUGGAUCUCACCUGAAGGAGGGUCUGGUCGUUUUUUAAAGUAAUAACAAUUACAGCCAUCCUAGUUGCGCGAUAGUUUCAUUGAAACUGCAACCCCGAGCGAACAAGGAAGCUCCGAUUAAAGGAUUGGCCACCGGUAAUUGACAGUCAGCAGCCGGGAUUUCCAGCUAAAUUGCCUACACUGUGGGAGGAAAGGGGUUGUGUUAUCUUGUUUAAUAUUAAUUCGGUGCGACCCUCCAGAUCCCAGUGCCGGAAAUGAGCCUGGGAAGAUGGGGCGAGAAGGCGCUCUUCUGCCUAGUCGCCCGUUCUGAGCCACCAGCCUCUCGUACAGCUUAAUAACUGUCAUGAAAAAGCCGGCAAAGAAACUGCCCCUGAACUCCGGCGCAGCCUUAGUGGUGUUGGCGGCGGCGAGGGCUUUGAAACGGCAAAUCUCUCCCACUCUCGGGAUUGUGGCUGAGGAAGGGGCGAGUCUCUUUCCUGGCCUCGAUUAGAGGCGCGGGUGGGGGAGGAAAGCCAACCAUUCAGUUUUGCAGAUGUAGUCAGCCGUAGCCCCAGGGUCUCAGGAGCUCUGUUCUGUGCUUAACUGAGUUAGUCAGCAAGUGUGUCUACCGACACCCCCCCCUUUCUGUAUUCCUCCAUAUCUUUCCUGGGUAAACAAUCCUUACCCACCCACUUGGUUUGGCAGAAAGAGCUGCCACCAUAAGUGGAGAAAAUAAAUAGAUUUUGCCAUCAAUAAGAUCUUGGCUUCCUCGCUUACCAACAACCCCACCCUCGAGUUUUUAUUUUUAUUUUUUGUUUUUUAUUUUAUUUUUGCUCACGCCCUUUUCCCUUUCGGAAUCUCUGUUGUUGUUUAAAGUCAGACAAUGGGGCGCCGGGAAACUCCCUUCGGCAGCCUGGAGGGAGGCGAAGAGCUUUAGCACUCACCGCGCAGAAAGGGGGAGUGCGGGUUACCUGCUCGGUCAAUUUCAGCCCACAAGGGAAGCUCCCGCCUGCCUGGGCUCCCCAAUGGUUUUGCCUGGGCUCUGGGAGAGCUUCAGAUUCCGUCGUGCGCACCUCGCCCUCCUGAGCUGCUUCUGCACUAGAAUGUUGCGGCAGGUUUUGCACAGAGGGCUGAGAACGUCUUUCGCCAGACUCGGCCACUUCGUUGCCAGCCACCCGGUCUUCUUUGCCUCUGCGCCCGUGCUCAUCUCCAUCUUGCUGGGGGCCAGUUUCAGCAAGUACCAGAUCGAGGAGAGCGUGGAACACCUGCUGGCCCCCAAACACAGCCUGGCCAAGAUCGAGAGGAACCUAGUCAAUAGCCUCUUCCCGGUGAACCGGUCCAAGCACCGGCUGUAUUCCGAUCUGCAGACCCCAGGGAGAUACGGCAGAGUCAUCAUCACAUCCUUUGUCAAGGCGAACAUGCUGGACCAACAUCAUACGGAUCUGAUCUUAAAGUUGCAUUCUGCUGUGACCAGAAUCCAAGUACAAAGACCUGGUUUCAAUUACACAUUUGCUCAUAUCUGCAUCCUAAAUAAUGACAAGUCCUGCAUAGUGGAUGAUAUUGUACAUAUCUUGAAGGAACUGAAGGCUGCUCGCUUGUCUAAUCAAACUAAUUUUGCUAUCAGAUAUCCAAUCACACACUUAAAGGAUGGCAGGGAAGUAUAUAAUGGGCACCAGCUUGGUGGAGUCACUGUGCACAGCAAAGAUCGAGUUAAGUCUGCCGAAGCCAUUCAGCUUACCUAUUACUUGCAGGCUAUCAAUUCCUUAAAUGACAUUGUAGCAGAAAAAUGGGAAUCCAACUUCUGUGACACAAUAGAACUUUUCCAGAAAUACAACCGGAAUGUCACAAUGUAUCCUUUCACUUCAUCAUCCCUUCAAAAAGACUUCCAGAAGACAAGUAGGAUAUCAGAACAUUACCUAACCACAAGCCUAGUCCUUGUGGUGACCUUGGCAAUGCUCUGUUGUUCCAUGCAAGACUGUGUCCGCAGCAAACCUUGGCUUGGCCUCCUUGGCUUGUUAACUGUGACUCUGGCCACUCUCACUGCAGCUGGAAUCAUUAAUCUGACUGGUGGGAAAUAUAAUUCUACCUUCCUGGGAAUUCCCUUCAUCAUGUUAGGGCACGGAUUAUAUGGAACUUUUGAAAUGCUGUCCUCCUGGAGGAAAACUAGAGAAGACCAACAUGUAAAAGAGAGAACUGCAGCUGUGUUCGCAGACUCCAUGCUCUCCUUUUCUCUCACCACUGCCAUGUAUCUCGUGACUUUCGGGAUUGGUGCCAGCCCUUUCACCAACAUUGAAGCAGCCAGGAUCUUCUGCUGCAAUUCUUGUAUUGCAAUUUUCUUCAACUACCUCUAUGUACUCUCCUUUUAUGGUUCCAGCCUCGUGUUUACUGGCUACAUAGAAAACAACUACCAGCAUAGUAUCUUCUGCCGAAAGGUACCAAAACCAGAGGUAUUGCAAGAGAAGCCUGCUUGGUAUAGAUUUCUUCUGACAGCCAAAUUUAGUGAGGAUACAGCAGAGUCUGAGGAAACGAACAGUUAUGAAAGCCACCUUUUGGUGUGUUUCCUCAAGCGUUAUUACUGUGACUGGAUAACAAACACAUAUGUCAAGCCUUUUGUAGUUCUCUUUUACCUUAUUUAUAUUUCCUUUGCCUUAAUGGGCUACUUGCAGGUCAGCGAAGAGUCAGACCUCAGUAACAUUGUAGCAACUGCGACACAAACCAUGGAGUAUACUGCUGCUCAGCAGAAGUACUUCAGCAAUUACAGCCCUGUCAUUGGGUUUUAUAUUUAUGAAUCAAUAGAAUAUUGGAAUGUGACUGUUCAAGAUGACAUGCUAGAGUAUACUAAGGGGUUUGUAAGGAUAUCUUGGUUUGAGAGCUAUUUGAAUUAUCUGAGAAAACUCAACAUAUCAACUGGAUUAUCUAAAAAGAAUUUUACUGAUAUGCUGAGGAACUCCUUUCUGAAAGCUCCCCAAUAUGCCCAUUUUUCAGAGGAUGUCAUUUUUUCCAAAAAAUACAAUAAUAAAGUUGAAGUGGUGGCCUCUCGAAUGUUCUUGGUAGCUAAGACCAUGGAUACCAAACGAAAAGAGCUCUAUCCCCUCCUGGAAACUUUACGAAAGCUGUCUCUCAAAUCUAAAGUGAAGUUCAUUGUUUUCAACCCAUCCUUUGUCUACAUGGAUCGUUAUGCCUCCUAUGUGGGGGGGCCCUUGCAGAACUCCUGUAUUAGUGCUUUAUUCCUGCUCUUCUUCUCUGCAUUCCUAGUGGCAGAUUCUCUCAUCAAUGUAUGGCUCACACUCACUGUUGCCUCAGUUGAAUUUGGAGUUAUAGGUUUUAUGACCCUGUGGAAAGUUGAGCUGGACUGUAUUUCUGUGUUAUGUUUAAUUUAUGGAAUUAAUUAUACAGUUGACAACUGUGCACCUCUCUUGUCAACAUUUGUCCUGGGCAAAGAUUUCACAAGAACUAAAUGGGUAAAGAAUGCCCUGGAAAUGCACGGGGUAGCGAUUUUACAGAGCUAUCUCUGCUACAUUGUUGGUCUGAUUCCUCUCGCAACUGUGCCUUCAAAUCUGACCCGUACACUGUUCAGGUGCUUGUUUUUGAUAGCAUUAGUCACCUUCUUUCAUUGCUUUGCCAUUUUACCUGUGAUACUAACUUUUCUGCCACCGUCAAAGAAAAAAAGGAAAGAGAAGAAAACUCCUGAGAAUCGGGAGGAAAUAGAAUGUGUUGAAAUGGUGGAUAUGGAUAGUACCCGUGUGGUUGACCAAAUUACAACAGUCUGACUAGUUGGUUUGUCUUGCUUUUUUUAUAAAAAUAACCAUCACCCCUAAAUAUUGUCAAGAGAAAAAAAUCAUAUUGAUUAUAACAAUAGGAUUUGGAUGUCUGUUUUCAAAUUAAAACCAGGAGCAUCCAGAGCACCAUGUGAAGGGGGAAAUAUGACUGUUUGUGGAUUGGCCUUCACAUAUAAAGUACAGUGACAUUUACAUUCACCCAAUACAAUGAGAGUGUCAUCUUGGGUUGCUACCUGAGAUAAAGACAAUAGAGAUGGGGGUACUAAAUAGCAUACUGCCGUGUCUGCCCUGCCAAUGCUGCUGCCCCCGGGGCAGUGUGUGCCCACACAUUGAAAGGUCAACUGACAAGGCUGAAGAAGCAGUAAGUGUACAUUUUGGACACAGAGGCUAUCUAAAACUUUUAGUACAGCAAUAACUCAGUUCCAUGAGUCAGCUAUUAUGGAUCUUAGCCAUUACAUCUAACUUUUAUUUCUAUUGCUUCUUUUUUUCUUUCUUCUUUUUCUUUUUCUGAAUAGAAAUAUAUAUGCAAGCUGUUAAACAAAAGCAAACCAACAAUGGCCAAGAAAUUCAAAUUUAUGCACGGCUAAAUAGAGUUAUCACUGUUAAUCUAGGGUCAUUUCGCAGUUGCCUUGUUUUCUGAAUUAAUAAAUAUUUUAAAGUGGAAUUAAUCCCCUAUAUAUUUUAAUACAACAUAAUUUUCUAGCAUUUUUAAAGGAAAAAAGACCAAUUUAGUAAUACAUAUAAACAUAUUCAAGUUAUCUGUUACAUCACUUUUUCAGUAGGGUUUAUUAAUGUUAUUCAAUAGGGAUUAUUGUUGUUAUUGGAAACCCUGCUUUCCUCUGCUAGAUUUGAUAGCAUUCUCUGAUAUGUUAGGACAUCUAAUGGCAGGUUGGCAAAGGAAUAUAUUUAGCAAAUCCUACCAAAAUCCAUGAAACAAGCCUCAGAUGCCUAAAUUUUAUCUCACAAAUGUGUAUGUUGUAGAAUGUCUUAAACUACCAGCAUUGUUCCAGGCUGUACACUCUUAGUACACAAAAAGAGAUUCAAUGUGUAGCCAUACAUAAUACAUAAUAUAAGUCACAAUCUUCAACUAGAAUUGCUGUCUCUGAAGUCUCUACUAUAAACUAUAAAGCAAAGAAAUCAGUUGAACUCUCCAGAAAAGUGGUUUUGAAUUCUUAAUGCUGCAGUCUUUCAUGAGAUAAUGUUUAAAGAAAUGUUCUAAUAUAAUAAAACAUAGUAAACAGUUA